GACUCACUUUUCAUUUAUCAAAGACCCUCUGCAUCAAACCUGUUCUCGCUCAUCAAUACAACUUCAGCAGAGAUCAACUGCAGCUUUAACAAAUUGCAGGACAAGCUUUUUUCAGACAGGCAGGACAUCAAAAGUUCAACCAGAAGGGCACGUCUUCUAUUGGGUUGAUGAAAUGGAUUCAGUCAAUGAAAGUAAUGAUUACAUGCCAGCUUCAGGUGCCAAAUGCUCUCAGUACAAAGUGAACUCCAUUCAAAUGCAAGAACGAGAGACAGAAGUAAUUUCUCCUAAGUGGAAUAAAGUUCUUCAGAUUGUUCUGGGUUUCUCUCUUGUUUUUGCUCUCGGAGGUCUCUGCGCUCUCUGGACACUCUAUAAUAAUAAGCGUGCUGAUUUCGAAUCACUGAAUGAGCAGCACAUCAUGGUUUCAAAGCAACUGGCAGCUCAAGAGAUCAACAGCACAGCCCUGAAGAAAGAGUUUAAUGAUCUUACAGCCAGAUACAACACACUCAGAGAAUGGCUGUCCUUUUAUGAUGCUCAGUCUUGUAAUCUCUCUGCGGAUGGCUGGAUAGCUUGUCGUGGAAAGCUGUAUUUAUUCAGCUCUGAUAAACUGAACUGGUCGAGCAGUCGAGAUGUCUGUGUUUCUAAAGGAGCCGAUCUGGUCACCAUAACCAGCCGAUCAGAACAGGACUUUCUGCUCUCCAAAAUUAAAAUUACGCACUGGAUUGGUCUCAAUGAUCUGGACACUGAAGGACACUGGGUUUGGGUGAAUAACCAAACUCUCAAUGAAACUGGAGUACAGUUCUGGUUCAAUGAGGAGCCGAGACAACCUGAUAACUGGAGAGUACAGGAUCCGUCUGGAGAGAACUGUGCUAGUCUGGGAGAUCAUUAUGGCAAUUUUCAAUCUUGGUUUGAUGCUUCUUGUAAAACAGAGAAAAAGUUUAUCUGUGAAAAGAAAUAUUAAUAUGCCUACAUCAGUGGAACUAAUUAAUGAGGUCUAUUUUGAUUUUACAUGCACAUAAAACUAGAGGGAGGACUCUUUUGGAUUUACAAGUUAAAAUGUUCUAUUUUUCCUCCACUGAACUGAAUUGAAAGCUCCAUUAUAAUGUCCUGACUAACUUUACAUUUUAAUCUACAGUAUAAGCUCUAAAGCAGACUAUAUCUGUUAAUGCAAAAGCUUUUUGUUUUGAUUCUUCACACAUCACUUGCAGUCAUGCUUUUGUAUGAAACUGCUGUGAGCAGACGACAGCCUUGUGGUUGGACAAGAUCUGGGGCCUGUACCAUGAAGCCAGAUUAGCUGGCUAGCCAGGUAAGUUUCAGAUUAGUUUGCGUGAAUCCUGGGUUUUAGGUACUAUGAAAGUGACUUGGCUUUUAGCGGUGUUCAUCACCAUAGUAACUUGCGCUCCACGGCUAACCUGCUCCAGGGCAGGUUAUGUUCUGGUUCAGAGAUCUCAAACCAAAAUUGGGCCAAUCGGAUGUGAGCUAAAUGAACAGACACAUCCAACGCAAUAAAGUCACUCCCCCAGUUUCUCGUCCUCCAAAUUAAAGGUCACUAUAUAGCAAAAAAAAAAAUUAACAAUGAAAUUG